CAAGCUCAGAAGGCCGUUGACUGUUGACGCAUUUUAGAGAGAAAAAGUAAGAGGGACUGCUGAGUGAGGGUUUCGAUUUGCCAGGAGAACUUCCUGAUUUCCCGAAUUCCUCUUCCGGCGGUGUCGGUGGCAGCGCCGGUGGCGGCGGGGAAUUUUUCUUCAGUCGGACUAAUUCGAUGGCGUAUAGAAGAAAGCAAGGAGUGGCGAGGCUCUCGACGCCCUCCAGAGAAGAAUUCACGAACCCUGACCUUCGUCCUCCUCCGCCGCCGGAGGACGACUCCUUGUCGUCGCCGUCCGCCUCUUUGCUGGCGGCGAAAGCCAUCAGAGCAUCGUCGGCGGCGUAUCGCGACUCCUCUCUUUCCUCUGCCUAUGGUCAUUCCGCUCUCGCUUCCUCCUCCUCUCCGUCCCCAAACUCUGCCAGAUCUUCAUCUUCUCCCUCGUCUGCGCCAAAGGACUCAACCACAUAUGUAUCAAUGAAAAGUUUGAGUGAACCUAAACAUGGAUUCUGGGGAGGUCUAGCUAGAAAAGCCAAAGCCAUUAUUGACAACGAUGAUGCAGCCCAAGAAUUUGAAACACCAGGAAGAGCAAGACUGCAGAGGUCUGAUACAGCAGGAAGGGAUCAGCCAGACAAUUCAUAUAAUUCUCCUGAGAGCUAUCCCAAGAAAGAAAAUCCUGCAUUGCAGAAACGCUUAGACAAAAUUACAUCUUCACUGAGUUACAUUGGUGGCACCAUUGGUAAUGCCCUUGAGGAGGGUCUUAAUAUCGUGGAGAACCGGACUUCAGAGAUCAUUCAAGAAACCCGCAAGCUACAAAUGAGGAAAAAAGAUAGCCGUUCUGACAAGCAGAAUCAGAUGUUGAGUGUUGGUAGUACACAGCAACAACCCCUACUGCAGGCCCGUACACAAACCCUGAUGCAUACGGAUCUAGAAACCCAACUGAAGGCAUCCCGCGACGUUGCCAAUGCAAUGGCUGCCAAAGCAAAGCUUCUUCUUCGUGAGUUGAAGACAGUCAAAGCAGACCUAGCUUUUGCAAAGGCACGUUGCUCUCAGCUGGAAGAAGAAAACAGAGUCCUUAGAGAGAGUCGUGAGAAGGGGGUUAAUCUGGAAGAUGAUGAUUUGGUACGGCUCCAGCUUGAGACACUCCUGGCAGAGAAAGCUCGGUUGGCGCAAGAAAAUUCGGUUUUUGCACGGGAGAACCGCUUUUUAAGGGAGAUUGUUGAAUACCACCAGCUAACCAUGCAGGAUGUUGUAUAUUUGGAUGAGGGCAGUGAAGAGGUAACUGAAGUUUACCCCAUCAAGGUACCUCUGGUGAGCAAUAUGCAACCUGUUGGCACAACAGAAAAUUCAUCACCAUCCUCCUUUUCAGUUCUUGAGGCUUCUUCCGAUGCCAGAAGUCCGCAAGGGAUGCAGGAAAUUUCACCUCGCCCAAAGCCAUCGCAGGAGUUUGCAGUGGCUUCCCAAAUUGUUACCCCCUUGGGCUCAGCUCACGGAGGAAGAUAAUGAGACACUCAGAUCCUGCAUGAAGGAUGCUCCUCCCUUUAUUAUCCUUCUUGCCAAACGAAGGUUUGAAUUUGUAUCAAUAAUUUUUUUUUUUUAUUGUUGUUGUCAUUGUAGUAUAAAUUUGUUUUCUUUUCAACUUUUUGAUAUUUAUUGCUGUUUUCUGUCUUUGCUUGAUCAAUAUAUACGUAUAUCUAUUUUACUUCUACUUGUAGUAAGUUACUUGGACCAUUGCCAUGUUAAGAGAAUAUUAUUAUGAUUGUUAUUUCUGAAAUCUAAAGAUGUAAAACUUUGUUCAA